AUGCCACCACGCAUCCCGCUCACACCGGAACAAAAACGAAUCCGGACCAUCAUGAUCUCGUUCCCGCUCCUCGUCGCAACGAGCGUAGUGCUGUUCAAACGGCUGUACCUCGGCGAGGAGCAACGUAAACUUCCCACUCACGGCAAGAUCGCUCCUGCACCCGCGUAA